AUGAAUUCUAAUAUUCUAAACGUGUUGGAGAAGCCGCUCUUCAAUAACGCCAUAGUAAAUUUCGAGAAGCGUUCCCACGGUCCGUAUUCGGCGACGAACUUGAACAAUAACAAUGAAAUUCGCAUUCCGAUUCAGCAGCAGGAUACGUAUACGGCUCCAUAUUAUAGUCUCCUGUACAUCAGAGGUAGACUGUGCAAACCUGAUGGCACGGUUUCGGCGACGGCAAAGUUCGACAGGAUGGGUAUUUUGCUGCUGUUCGACGAAAUCCGAUACGAGUUGAAUGGUAUACCUGUGGAUAGAUCGCGAGACCCCGGCCUCACGACUAUCAUAAAGAACUACGCGUCAAUCAGCAAAAAUGAAAGUAUCAAGUUGGAAUAUGCCGGCUGGAUUGUCGGCGACCAUUUCACCGAUGGCGAGGGCAAUUUCGACGUAUGCAUCCCUCUGAGGAUAUGCAUCGGAUUCGGGGAAGAUUUCCAGAAAAUUAUCGUCAAUUUGAGACAGGAGCUGGUACUUAUNAGUCGAUGUACGAUGACCUCAGCUGUGGUGUGA